CAGACUGAGAUUUUCCCUUGACAAGUGCAUGUACUUAAGGUUCCCAGGUUUUCCCCUGACAAGUGCAUGUACUUAAACACUUUGAAUGCGAUGCGUUUUGUGACAGCUGUAGCAGAGAAGGAAAAAGAGGGAGGCGUGCUGGUGGAAAGGGUGUCUAGGGAGCUUUGGAAGAGAAAGUGGCGCACUCAUCAGGACAUUACCCAGCCUGCCUCACUCACUGAGGCAGGAUUAAAGGCAGGUCUGUCAGACAAUGUUGUGGAGGAAAUUCUGACCCUCUCCAUAUCUCAGCCAAUCAGAGACAAGCUGAAGAGUGUCACACAGGAAGCACUGAAGCAUAAAUGCUUUGAUUUUCCAUUUAUUGUAUGCCAUGUGAAUGGGAAGGCGAAGGUCUUCUUUGGUUCUGACAGAUUUGAGCUCAUGGCUUAUUUCAUUGGGGAGAAGUGGAUGGGGCCUCAGCCUAACAAGCCCACAGCCCAUAUGUGAUCACUACUCCUCCAUACUCAAUUUCAACUUCUAAAUGUUUAAAGUGGUGUAAAUUCACAUUUUUAUUUCAACAGCAAACACACGCAAAAUAAAAAAGAGCUGAAAAAUAAGCCAGGAAUACAGAAAUAGUCAAGCUGAGGUCUAAAUAAUACAUAUGUACUAACAAUAAAACAUAAACACUCCUAAAAAUGAAAGGUUCUUUAUAUCGAUGGUUCCAUGAAGAAC